CUUUGUUUGGAUUUUGAGAAACUGUUAAUUAAAGCAAACGAAAAAAAAGGUGCAGCGGCGGACGGAAUAUUUAACCCUGUUACGAUUCUGGAAACAUCUUCGAACUGCAGGCUUGUUCAGCACAUGUGCCAUGCAGGCAGCCGGGUUCACACCAUCAGACGGGUUAACAGAUGUGACCAGAUCUUUACUCACAGGACAUUUGAUAUUUGGCCAGGAGCUAUUAUACCCGGUCUCUGAGUAGAAGUCUGCAGGGGGCUCACCAUGGUGCAGGAGAAGAAUGACGGGAUAAACAAAGACAUGGUCCUUUCACCAUUUCAACAAAAUAGACCUGCUUUGUCCUGGGAAAUGAAGAUCAAGACAAAGCUGAAGACGGUUCCUGCCUGUCUGGGCAAAUUCAGACCAACUGUUGGCCAGUGCUGCCACCAGUGCACCCCAGACAGUCUGCGGAAGAAGCUCGGACAAAACUCUUCCCUUGGCUUUCACAACCUGCUGAGUGUCAACGAGACACACACCAGGUAUCGAGGCUGGCUGGUGCGGAGGGUGUGCGGCGCACUGUUUCUGAGUGGGUGCAAGGUUUAUGCGAGUCCUGUUAGCAACAGAUUGGAGAGAGUCUGUCAGAGCAACAGUGUGAAGGAGGCACUCACAACAGAGCAUAAAGUGCCUGAGGGGAGUGACAGCCGAGGGGAACUCAACCACCUCUCACCAUUCCUCCCCCUCCUUAACACCUGCAUCUCCCCUGGCCUCUUACGAUUCCUGAGCUGGGUGCUGCUGAAGAUGUUUUCCUCCGUGUUUGGCAGUAUUCAAGUUAACCUCAACCAUCUGCCGGCUUUGCACAGAGCCUCACAAGAGGGAUCUCUGCUGGUUUAUGUGUAUAUGCGUCAGAGCGUCGUGGACUCUGCUCUCAUCCCUCUGGUGCUCUUGUGUCACAACCUGAGAGUCCCAUACACUGUUUGUCCGCUCCACAUUAACAGCUCCUCCAUAAGAUCAAUCCUGCAGAAAGUAGGUGUGCUCCUCCUGCCACCUGCACUGACUGAGCAGGAAGCUGAGAUGGACAGUCUGCACUCACCUGUCAUGACUUCCCUGGUACGUGAGCUGCUACAUGAGGGUCAGGCGAUAAGUGUUGGUGUGUCAGCGGAGUCUGGCCAGGGAGGCCAGUGGCUGGCUCGCAUCAGACAACUCAUCAAAGAAGGAUCUGUCCCCGAUGUCAGUCUGGUCCCUGUGGGCAUCUCCUACGAUUGUGUGCCAAAGACCAACACUCAGGUCUGCUUCAGCUCUUUGUUGCGGUGGCUGUGGUCUCUACUCUGGAGGAGACCAGAAGGAAGUGUGAGGAUCCACCUCGCUCAGCCCUUUUCUCUCAAGGAGAUGUGCGAGUCAGGAAUGUGCAGAGUAGAUGAAUGGCUCCCUCUGCAGGACCUGCUGCUGCCUGUUAUCCUCAACCACAGAGCUGAUAGUGUGUUUGGCCGGAGGAGAAUGUCGUGGCUUCUGCCUUCUCCUCAUUAUGCAUCUGAACUGAAAGAGCCAAUUGAUGCAGAGAGAGAUCUGAGCAUCGCUGUCAUCCUUCACCUCAUCUUCUCUGCAGCCUCCUGCACAGCCGUGAUGUCCACCAGUCUGGUGUCUAGUCUCUUGCUGUACAGACACCGCAAGGGUGUAAGUGCUUCUGCCCUGUGUCGUGAUGUGGUCUGGCUCACGGAGGAACUCUUGUUCAGGAACAAAGACGUCGGUUUCGGGGGAAGUUUAGAGGAGGUUGUCCACUAUUCCCUCUCUCUGCUGGCCCCUCACCUCAUCAUAGCUGCAGUGCCGUCUCGGAAAGACCCUUUUAUUGUGCCCCGUCCUUCUCUUGCUGCCACACUUCACCUCACCCUCCAGGCCCAGAUCGUCACACACACCUUUAUUUUGGAAGCCGUUGGUGCGUGUGCGGUGUCGGCCAUGCUGUGCGAGGUGGUCGGCAGUGGCGUCAGCAGCAGAGUGAGGAAUGACGGCGUGGACGGAGAGCAGGUCAACGGUGACAUGGAGUUUGAUGUGGUGCUCUGUCAGUCCGAGCUGACGGAGAGAGCCUUGCAGCUUUCCCAUCUCCUGCCUCCGGGCUUCAUGCCACCCUGUCAGUCGUCCCAGAGUUUCGCUCUGGAUGCAGUUGACAGUCUGGUACGCUGUAACAUCCUGAUCAUGGAAGAAAUUCCCAGAGACGUUCCCAUCUCUGAUUCCUGGAGGAGGGAUGGCGCUCUGACCUGGACGACCUCCGAUGAUCCUUAUCACUGCGACUCUGACUGUGACAUGGAGGAGCAGGAACUGCGUUCCUACAAGAUAAGCCAGCCGAGUCAGUGUCCAGAGAUGCUCUUCUUUCUCUGCAGUAUGCUCGCUGGUCAUCUGAGGGCGCUGUGUUGGACGACCGCCGGUCUGGACCUUCUACACACGCCUCUGCCAGAGGCAGAGUUUGUGGCUCAAGUACACUACCAUCUGUGUGACACAGCGAAUAAGAAAAAACAGCACUACGAGAGCUGCUCAGAGGAGGCUGCACACACGGCCGUUAGAUCACUAAUAGACCUUGGGGUCCUUUCGCAGGAGCGUCAGAAAGGAGGCGUCUUCCUGGGUGUCUGUCCUUUGUUCCAGUUGUCAGAAAACCGGCAAAAACUGCGCCGCUUCAUCUCACAGUACCUCUACAAUUAAUGUGUUUAACAGCAGCGUGACUCCAGAGCUACACUCGGCUUUGUUGUGUUGCAGAGUCUGACUUCAUCCUCUGUUCGUGCCAGAGAAGCUUGUGUUCGGUGUUAAAGAAGAUGCAUGCUGAGCUGAACGCUCGUGCCUUUAGGUUAAUUGCUUUUUGAUUUUUAAGUGAUGAGACCCUGAUUUUAAGUUUAUCUUUAGUAAUAGCAUCAAGUAGCUAAGUAGCAUUAGCAUAAAGCCACAGGAGACGAGGAGCCUGUGAGGGCUCUGCGCAGCGUCGUGUUGCGACCAUGUUUACGUUGUAAUGAAGGCCGCUCAAGUUUUGUCUGUAACCUAAGCAUUGAGCUUCGUUCUGCUUUUUCCUAGUUUUCCACAAGUUAACCAAAGUUCAAACUGACAAUAAACAAGUGAGCUUAUCUUAUCAUAAACUCGACACUUACCAACUUGAAUUGGUUCCUUGUGUACAGACUGGUUACAAAAUACUUUACAGUAGUAUAUUAUGCUCGUUGUUAUUAAUACGAUUUCUUCCAAACAGCUCCUCCAUUGUAACUUGCUCUCCUCCUGAAUGUAGAUCUUUGUGUGCCGACUCAGACCUCAGGAGUCUGUUGGGUUGACGUAGACCUUUUGACACCAAGACAAAUCUAUGCCUUGCUUUGAACAGGACAUGCAGCCUAUUUCUGGCAGGGGUUUAUAUUUUAUAUAGUUUAAAGCUGUCUGUUUGUACCGUCCAGAGUCAGCGAGGGUGUUUCUGUCCUUUCAACACAAACUAAAGCUGCAGUUGAUCAGCUCUCAUCGACCGUGAAACUCUACUGCCACCCAGUGUUGAGCGGCAUGUUAAAGCCUCAAUACUUCUCAUACAUGCCUCACUAUACCUCAGUCUUAAAUCCAUACUACACACGAAUGUAAGAAGGUGUUGAGUAUGUGAACUAAAAGAACUCAGUAUACACAGUGUUUUACAAUGCGCUGCAUAAAGGAAAUGAAGGAGCUUGAAAAACUAAUUGUGAAUGAAGGUGAAACCAGAAACACCUCUAAUACAAGAAAUAACCAUUGACCGAUGUACGGUGCAAACAUAAUGUAACUUCCUAUUAGUUUACAAAAAAAUCUAUAUACUUAAGUGCAAAAAUAGUAUACUAUAAAGAUAAUUAUAUACUACAUAUUGUACCAGAUUACUAUGUUGUAUUGGGUUUAUUUCAGUGUAAUACAGCAAGCCUGCAUUAAAUCUUACCUUCAUCAAGUGUAACAUGUUCAUCCGUUCCAGAGCGGUGUUAUUUCAACUUUAUGUUCGUUGUGGUGGAUGUAUGUAGUUGUUGGUGCUUUUGAACUGUUGUGUUUUACUGAGAAGUAUUUACUUUGUCCACCAUGUUCAUAUCAUUGAGAGUAGAAUAAAUAUUUGAAACACAUCUCAUGUUUAUUGCAGGACCUUUUUCAAGAAUUUCCUUGAGUAUAUCUGU